AUGAAGGCAGGGAGAUGCAAGAUUGCCCUCCGCCCUGUGCAGGCGAUCUGGUCGCGCACAGGGAAGGCACCGACUGGGCCAGCAAGCUCCAGCGGCAGUUGGUCCAAGCUCCAGGCCAAUAGCGGGCAGGCAGCAACGCAGAAUCUUAGUAGGGCGCGGAAGGCGCGCACAGCGACUGUCAGUCCGCAAAAGCCCCCAUACGCCGCCAUCGCCACCGCGUACCUCCCGACCGACACACUCGAUUCUGCUUUGUUUUCGUUCGUGUACCAAUAUUUCACAUCGUUUGACGGGUAUUUUAUUGAUUCCCACCGGAGCAACCAAAAGGUAAAAAAAAGGCACGAGAAAAGGCUGAGAAAGCGAGACAUCACACGAGGGCACGAGACAACCCCCGUCGCUGGCCGUCGAUUGUCGAGUGUUGCAGCGGCCUUCGCGCGUGUGCUACCGUCGCCGGUGUUGCAACCGGGGCUGCGUGUCUUGUUCCCCCUCCUCACAUCAGUCUUCCACCCUCCCUCCGACAGCAAAACUGCGACCCGAUUCCGUCCCGCGAAGGCCUCUGUCUGCAGAGUCUGCGACUGCGCGUUGCCAUCCUGCCGCCUGUCUGUCCAAUCGCUUGCCCGUUCGCGCUGGUCCGUGGUCCUCCUCGAGCGUCAUUUCGAUCAGCAGCGAUCAUCACUAUUCUUUGCAUCUCCAUCUCGUCGCGGCGUUGAUACGGUUGUGCAUUGCACUGUCCAUCAGGCCCUGUCCAUUCUCCUCUCUCUUUUUCGUGACCGCCGUGUCUCGUUCUCCUCGGCCGCUGCAUCAGUUUUCAUAUUCGACUGCUUCUCCGCCACGCCUCGAUCGUUGCCUUCUCCUGUCGCCGUCCUUCCGCCGUCCCCUCCUCCUCCUCCUCCUUCCCUCCUCUCUCUUUUCUCUUCCGUCGGCCAUUCUCCGCAUCCAUCCCAGAACGCGGCUCUGGGUGGCAGUCCCGUCACCGGCAGUCCGACCGGGACGAACAACGUCUCGAAGAUUGUUAUUGCUCAGGUGUAUGUCCUCCUCAGCAGCCUGAAGGAGGAGAAAGUCGACCAUUCAAAGUGGGACCAGCUACGAAAGCUCAUCGAUGAGAACGGCAUGGACGUGUUUACCAAAUACUUCGCCCGUCUUGUAGCUAGUAGUGCAUCCCAGAUAUUCCCCGGCUUUAACCGGCCGGGGGGUAGUCCGGGAUCCUACCAGCUCCUGACGACGGAAAUGCAAAAGAUCUCGCACCAGCCAGACCAGGCCCGCAACAUUGCCGAGUCCAUCGAGAUUGGCACCGAGGAGAUCUUCCGUGACUUUGAUCUUUCGACGUUCAUGGAGCAUUUCAAGCUCGAUGCCCUUGAAAAGACCAUCCUAGCCCUUGCCUUUAAGCUUGGCUCCCGUUCCGAUCUCAAAACAAAGGCCGACGCUAUCCUUUCGACAAACUUCCCCACGUUUGUCAACAUCCUGUCCAGACCUGGCGGCGAUCAUGCUGAUGUCGAUCCCAGCUUCGUCUCCCUCAUCGUCGACCGAUACAUCCAGCUCCACCCUCCCACCUUCACCAACACCACAAAGUCCGAUCUGUCUAUAAAAGUCGCGCAACGAUACGAGAACGAGGAGCUGGGCCCGCCGCCUGCGGUCCUGGCCGCUCUCGAUUUGAUGCGCGUCUUGGCCGACCGGCCCGCCAACGCACUUGCCAACUUUAUUCACAAGACCGGUGCCGACUUCACCCGCGAUGAGGACACCGCGCUCUCCUACCUCCAAAACCGCCAGGGACAGACCACUGAAGAGCAGGUCGCCCAUGCCUUGACAUACACUGCCAUCAGCCAAACAUACGCUUUCAACCCAUCGGUCCUCGUCGCUGCGCUGCGGCGCUUUGUGCCGGCCACGUUCCAGUGGCAGGACGUCAUCAGCCGGUUCGACCAGCCGGGCGCACGCAUCUCUGCGUCCCAGUUCCUUCGCCUCUACAAUGCGCUCGCCCCCAUUGCCCGCGACGACGAGACGAUCAGCAUUGAGCGACUAUGGGGCGGCAGCUGGGAGAACCCCGACUCCCAGCUCUCCUUUGUGUACGCCUAUGCGUCACAGUCGCCCGACGACCUCGAUGCCACGACCAUACCCAACCUCCGUUCCACAAUUGCCAUUGACGAGUAUGCCGACGCCGCUCCCGAGAUCCGCGAGCGCGCCGCCGUUGCCGCCAAGCACCCCCUCGUCUCGCUCGCCGCCGUUUCUGCCAUUGUCCAUAUCGCCCUCGCCUCCCAGCACGCUAGCAUUAAUGUUGAGGCGCGCAGGUUAUUCCAGGCGGUGGUCAUCCCGAACCUCGAUAUCUUUGUUGUGUCGGCCGCCAUGGUCCCCAAGCCAUGGCCGGUCACCGCCGCCGAGACUUUCACGUCACUCUUCGAAGGCUUCCUGUAUAAGCGGACAGCAAACUGGGACUUUGUGUUUGAUAGUCUCUGGCGCAAAGACAGACAGCUGCAUACAGAGCAGCUCAUCAACGCGCACGCGUUGCACCCCGGCGACCUCCCCGACAUUUUCGAGCACUGUGCGAAGCACGGCUGGCUGAACGACCUCGUCUACCUGCCCAACGGAUUUGGCCUAGACUUGGUAGCAUAUGCCCAUGGUCAGGGGUUUGUCGAUUUGACGGAGUGGGCCAAGAACAAUGCAGAGCGGAACGCCGACAUUGCUCGGCCGCUGUUGCAGUUCCUCAUGAUAAAGUCGGAACUCGAGGCCCAACGGCCCGACGGUCAGCAGAUUCAGCCCAAGGCUAACGUUCCCCUGAAGGUGCAGACCGUGUCGGCCCUGCUCAGCAUUCUAGAGGACUACUACCCGACGACAAGCCCUAGCCCAGACCUCGUCAUGGUCCAGCGCCAGUGCAUUGCCGUUUACCCCCGCCUCAUCAACUACGGCGAAGGCUUUGACGACAUCAUUGAGGAGAGCGAAAAGGCCGGCCACGCGCUCCCGCAGGAGGCCAACGCCAAGAUGGAGGAGCAUUUCAAGAAGAUGUACAGCAACGAGAUCGAGGUCCGCGAGGUCGUCCGCAUCAUGGAGCACUACAAGCACUCGCGCGACCGGCUUGAACAGGACAUCUUUGCCUGCAUGAUCAACAGCCUGUUUGAGGAGUACAGCCACUUCGGCGACUACCCCUUAGAGGCGCUGGCCACCACCGCCGUGCUCUUUGGUGGUCUCAUGUCGCACAAGCUCAUCUCAGACUUGCCGCUCAAGGUCGGCUUGGGUAUGAUCCUCGAGGCCGUCCGGGACCACCAACAGGACCACCCCAUGUUCAAGUUUGGUAUGCAGGCGUUGAUGCAGCUCUACUCCCGCUUCCGCGAGUGGCCGGGCUUCUGCCGCCAGCUUCUGCAGUGCAAGAGCCUGCAGGGCACCGAAGCUUGGAAGAAGGCGAGCGAUGUGGUCCGCGAGGCCGAGGAGGAAGCACGCGGCGCCGGCGGCCACGAUGAGGCCCUCACAAACGGCAACGGCGACGACGACGACGGCUCUGAGCAGCCGCCCUUUGUCUCCAUCAACGUCGACCCUCUUCCACCCAACAUCCCCUUUGAAGACCCCGACCCGGAUGCCCAGGGCAAGAUUCAGUUUGUGCUCAACAAUAUCACGGCGAACACUCUGCAGUCCAUGUUCCAGGAGAUCCGCCCCAUGGUCGACGUGAAGCACCAGCAGUGGUUUGCCAGCCACCUUGUCGAGGAGCGCGCCAAGAUGCAGCCCAACUACCACAAGGUAUAUCUGCAGCUUGUGAGCCACUUUGAGGACCGCAUGUUGUGGGCUGAAGUGCUCCGCGAGACCUACGUCAGCGUGUCGCGCAUGCUCAACUCGGAGGCGACGAUGCAGAACUCGACGGAACGCUCGCAUCUCAAGAACCUGGGUGGCUGGCUGGGCCUCCUGACGCUUGCCCGGGACAAGCCCAUCCGCCACCGCAAUAUUGCCUUCAAGCAGCUGCUGAUUGAGGCCCACGACACGAAGCGCCUGAUUGUCGUUAUCCCCUUUGUCUGCAAGGUCCUCAGCCAGGGCGAGCAUUCCAACGUGUUCAAGCCGCCGAAUCCGUGGUUGAUGGAUAUCAUCCACUUCCUCAUCGACCUGUACCACAACGCCGAGCUCAAGCUGAACCUCAAGUUUGAGAUUGAGGUUCUCUGCCAGACCUUGAGCAUCGACCACAAGAGCAUCGAACCCUCGGGCGAGAUUCUCAACCGCGUCGCCAUGGAGACCGACAUGCCGCACGACGGCCUCGAUGCGUUUGAGAACCUCUCGCUCAACGGCAUCGGCCACGCCGGCGUUGGUGCGGCUGGCAGCCUGGCUGGCCACGGCAUGGUGCCGGGCGUUGUGUCCAACAGCAUGGUCGCGAUGAUACCCGAGCGCAUCACAAAGGUGCAUGUGCCGCCCGUCAGCGAGAUGGUCGUCAGCCAGACCCGCCUCGAGGAGAUUGUGCGCAACGCGCUCGUCCAGGCUCUCCAGGACAUUAUCCAGCAAGUGGUCGACCGGUCAGUGGCGAUUGCCGCUAUUGCGACGCAGCAGAUGAUCCACAAGGACUUUGCCAUCGAGCCUGACGAGAACCGUCUCCGCACGUCGGCGGUGAGCAUGGCCAAGGCCACUGCGGGCAGCCUCGCCCUUGUUACCUCCAAGGAGCCCCUGCGUGCCAACUUUACCAACUACAUGCGCACGCUCUCCAGCGACCUGCCGCAGGGCCUGCCCGAAGGAACCAUCAUUAUGUGCGUCAACUCCAACUUGGACUACGCGUCGAGCGUGAUCGAAAAGGCCACCGAGGACCGCGCCGCGUAUGAGAUUGAGGACAUGAUCGAGCCCGAGAUCGAGGCGCGCCGACGCCACCGCCUCCAGCGCCCCAACGAGCCGUACAUGGACCCGGGCCUGAGCCGCUGGGCCAUGACCAUCCCGAGCCCGUACAAGCUCAGCCCCAGCGUCAGCGGCCUCAACAACGACCAGAUGGCCAUCUACGACGACUUUGCUCGCCACCCGCGGCCGACGACGGCUUCGGCCGCCGCCUCGGCUGCGCACAACGCCUCGGCAUCCGACACCACGCGGUCGCUCGCCAACGACGUCCUCCAGGACCAGUACAGCUCGCUUGCUAGCCUUCCGCCGGCGGCCGAGACCCCGUCUGUUGCAUCCGUCGGCUCACAGCUGCAGGGCUACCCGCAGCUUCACGGGGGUGCCAACGUGGCGGCCGGCGGCGUCAACGGUGGCCUGAUGAACGGCGGCGGCCGGCAGGCCGGCCCGGGCGUGGAUACCCGGGCUCUUGCUGACCGCAUCGGUAAGCUGAUUAUGGAACUGCAGCGCUCCGCCACAGACGCCAUUGAGGAGCACUUCUCGGAGCUGCCCCGCCCGCACCCCGUGCUGGACAUUAUCGACGCCUUGAUACAGACCAUCAUCAAGGCGCAGCCGACGUUCGAGGACUUUGCCAUCUAUGCGGCGGACCAGGUCUGCCCCAUGCUGUUCAACCACAACCUCGAGGACAGCCUGGCGUUUGAGAGUCUGGUGCACGUCCUGGAGUCGCUCCGUAAGAUUGUCGGCAUCCCCGUCACCAACCGCAUUGCCCAGUUCUUCCAGGCGCAGCCCGGCCAGGCGUUCCUGCGCCUGCCCCUCAUCUCGGUGCUGCUGCCCACGGGACUCUUGGACUGGUCCGUCAUUGACAACGCCAUGGCGGUGACUCUGAAGCAAAGAAAGGAGGGCUCCAUCGUCUUCUUCACGCGCCUGCUCGAGCUCACGCUCAUUCGCGACGCCCCGCAGGUUCUGUAUUAUGCGCAGUUCAUCAACAGCUUGGCCGAGGCGUGGGCAUGGGUCCAGGAGGAGCCCGAGGUGCCGGGCGGCCAGGAGUUCAAGACCAAAAUCGUCACCCAGGGCGCGCAGCCGUCGCACCCCGAGGCCGAGGACGCGUCCGGCGAGCUCACGCCACAGCGCAAGGACCAGAUCGAGUACGUGUUUGACGAAUGGGUGCUUGUGUGCCAGAAGCCCGGCAUCCCCGAGAACAUCCCCUUUAUCUUUGUGGAGCAGAUGCGCGCGCGCGGCAUCAUUGCGAACCGCGACGAUCUUUAUGUCUUCGUGCGCAUCGCCAUUGACCGGUCUGUGGAGCGGUGCGAGGUCAGCGCACAGGCGGGCGAGAGUGUCAACGACGGGUUCGCCGCGAUCGACUCUGUGGCCAGGCUGAUUGCUAUGUUCGUGCAGGCCUGCGGUACCGAGAGCGACGCGGCGGUGCCCGAGGGCCGGUCGCCGCGCGCCGAGCUGCUCGACUCCAUCCUGGCCCUAGGCACGAUGAUCCUCAACCACCACUAUGUGCAGCGCGGCGACAUGUACAACCAGCGCGUGUUCUUCCGGUUCUUCUCGAUGCUGCUCGUCUCGAUCAACAACGUGUCGGAGCAUCUAUCGGACACGGACCGGAACGAGAUCCUGGGCCGGUUUGCGACGCGCUUCAACGAUCUGGGCCCGACCACGUUCCCGUACUUUGUGUACGGCUGGGCGGAGCUGAUCAAGCACCGGAUCUUCAUGCCGUCGCUUCUGCGCGCUACCGGUAACGACGGCUGGGCGUCGUACACCAAGAUCCUGAAGCAGCUGCUGUCGUUCACAAGCGAGCAGCUCAAGGUGCCCGACAGCGCCAACAUUGCGCGCGAGCUUUCGCGGGCGGCGCUGAAGCUGGUCCUCAUCAUCUACCAUGACUUCCCCGACUACCUGGCGGCCAACCACGUCGAGCUCUGCCAGAGCCUGCCGCCGUACCUCGUGCAGCCUCUCAACAUUGUGCUGUUUGCGAACCCGACGUCGAUGCCGAAGCCGCCGGACCCGACGAUGCCCGGCCUGCGGCUCGACCAAAUGGAGGAGGCCAGCAUGGUCCCCAACGGGCGGUACCAGCCGGGCCCGCUGCUGUCGUCUAUGGGCCUGACGGCGCUGCUGGACCAGGCGCUGCAGUCCGGGCCGUCCGAAGAGGUGGUGGCGCACGUCAAGUACGCGAUGAGCAAGACGGAGGCGAAGAGCGCCAGCACGACCUGGGGCCGCGUGGCGAUCUCGACCAACGUGCCCGUGGUCGACGCGGUCGUGGCGUACAUUGCCAACCAUGUGGCGGCGCGGGUGUCGGGCGGUGGUCCCGUGUUCACGGCGGGCGGGCCGGAUGUGGCGACGCUGUCGAUGAUUCUGCACGAGCUCUCGGCCGAGGGCCGAUACUACCUGAUCUGCAGCAUUGUCAACCAGCUGCGGUUCCCCAACGCACACACCAACUUCUUCGCACUGGCGCUGCUGGAGAUCUUUGGGCACGACAUGUCGGACCCGGAAGAGACGGACAUUCGGCAGCAGAUUUGCCGUGUGCUGUUUGAGCGCAUUGUCAACUACUGGCCGCAGCCGUGGGGCCUGCUGGCGGUGAUUGCCGAGCUAGUCAAGAACGAAAAGUUCUUUUUCUUUGAGCUGCCGUUCAUCAAGAUGGCGCCGGACGUGUCGGAGCGGUUCGCCGCCGUGGCCAACCGGGCCUAG